AUGGCUGCGACAAUACAAUCUUCGCAGAGUGUGUCGAUAGCAGACAGUCCUCACACCAGAUUGCAAACAUCUCCGAUGGACUCAGGAGGCAAGGAUCAUAAUGAGUUUUAUACAAUUGAUUCAUUGUUGCGACUGAGAGCCAAUGGGAGCAAGGCCAAGCACCCUAUCGUAGCUUACCCAUCAACAGGCACAGAGUAUGCCUUUUACAGUCCUAGUCAGCUGAACGUCUUCGUGGAAAAUGCAGCUAUUCAUUACGCCAAAGUAAUCCCCCAACGACGCUCCUCCGCUGAACCUGUGCGGGUCGUUGGUCUGCUAGGUCCAUCCAGUCUUGAAUACCUGAUCACUCUACUUGCAGUCUCACGGCUGGGUCACACUGUCCUCCUACUCUCCACUCGAAUUGUCGAAGAUGCCUAUGUAAGCUUACUAGAAGCCACUAAAACCAACUUCCUCGUUGCAAGCUCUGCUUUUCAAGCAGUUGGCAACAGAGCAGGAAAACGGACAGGCACUGCUCUAAUACCGGUCUUGACGCGUGAAGAAUUUGACAAGGCUGAUGUUGGAGCUCUACCUACUUACACCUUCGAUCAGCAGACAGAGACCAGGAAUGUUUGCUGGAUAAUUCACUCCAGUGGGUCGACUGGCCAUCCCAAGCCAAUCUACCAGACACAUGCGGGUGCCCUCAAGAAUUACGCAAAUAACUUUGGCCUUAGAGGGUUUAUUACCUUGCCGCUCUUCCAUGCCCAUGGAAUUAGUUGUCUAUUCCGUGCCAUUCACUCCGAGAAAUUGAUCUACAUGUACAACGCCAAUCUGCCAUUGACCGCUCCUUACCUACUCAGUACCUUGAGAGAACACCGGGAUAUUGAAGUCCUAUACGCAGUGCCUUACGCUUUAAAGUUGCUUUCCGAAUCUGACGAAGGUCUGAGCGUGCUAACACGUCUCGAACUGGUCAUGUUUGGUGGUUCCGCCUGUCCUAAGCCUAUUGGCGAUGCUCUCGUGCAGAACGGUGUCCGUCUCGUUUCUCACUACGGUACCACUGAAACCGGUCAACUGAUGACUUCGUUUCGAGAGCGUUCAGAUUUGGAUUGGGACUAUGUCCGCCCUGGGGAUUCCUUACUUCCAUUUUUACGAUGGGAGGAACAGAUGACUGGUAUCUAUGAGCUUGUGGUCUUGGAAGGGUGGCCGUCCAAGGUUGCCAGCAACCGACCCGAUAACUCUUACGCUACUAAGGAUUUGUUCGAGAAGCACCCUACCAAGCCCAACGCGUGGAGGUACUAUGCCCGUCUGGAUGAUACUUUGGUCUUGGAGAAUGGCGAGAAGGCCAAUCCCUUGGUUAUUGAGGGCGUUGCUCGCAAUAACCCCAAUGUAGAUGAGGCCAUUGCUUUUGGAGCCAACAAGUCUCGUCUCGGGUUAUUCUUGAUUCGCUCAGUAAAUGGCAAAGACUAUUCCGACGCAGAAAUCGUACACUCUGUUUUUCCUGCAAUUGAAAAGCUGAAUGCUGAACUUCCAGCUUACGCUCAUAUCUCCCAUGACAUGAUUCAUGUGCUUCCUGCCGAUGUAGUCUUUCGCAAAACGGAUAAGGGUACCGUCAUCCGCUCGGCUUUCUAUCGGGAUUUUCAGAAACAAAUUGACAGAAUCUAUGAAAAUGAAGAAGCAAGUGGAGAGCAGGUGCUUGAAGGUAAUGAGUUGAUCGAUUUCCUUCGCAAGGAGCUCCUUGAGCUCGUCCCUUCAAUCGAGCCGAAUUCCCUGAGCAGGACCACCGACGUCUUCAGCUUAGGCGUUGACAGUUUACAAUCUAUUCGCCUCCGUACGACCAUUUUAGAAACACUUGACCUCAGAGGACAAAAGCCUUCUCAAAACUUUGUCUUUGAAAACCCAUCAUUGCAGGCCAUGGCCGAAGAAUUAACGCGUUUACGCCUUGGAAGAGGCCCCAAGGAGGAUUUGCCGGUUGAAGGGCGAAUGCAAAAGCUCAUUGAGAAGUAUACGCAAGACUUCAAAGUCUUCGUGCCUACUCAGCGCGUAGAGAGCGGUGAGCAUAUCGUGAUCACCGGUGCUACAGGCUCCCUUGGUGCUCAUAUCGUUUCCCAGCUUGCUAAACUAGACCAAGUGUCUACCAUCUACUGCCUCGUUCGUGCAAGUUCGGUAGACCUCGCUCGUCGUCGUGUCGACGACUCUCUGCGCGCCCGAGGUAUUCUUGGUGACAUUUCGCCGUCUGCUGAACGGAAGAUUGUUGCCCUGCCCGCUGACCUUUCCAACACGACUUGCCUGGGUCUGGAGGAGGGUAUCUAUCAUCAGAUAACCAAGAACAUCACGGCAGUGGUGCACUGUGCCUGGUCCGUCAACUUCAAUUGGUCAUUGGAGAGCUUUGAAAAAAGCUGCAUUCUAGCCACCAGAAAUCUCCUAGACCUCUGUUUGAGUGCUCAAAGCCCGUAUCCCGCGCGUUUCUCCUUCUGCUCGUCCGUUAGCACUGUGGCCCGCACACCCGGUAACUGGGUACCUGAAACCCUCCCAGAGUCUCUGACCUACGCUCAAGACAUGGGCUAUGCGCAGUCCAAGCUUGUGACGGAGAACAUUGUCCACCGCGCCGCGCACCACACUGGCAUGACCGCGCGUGUUUUGCGCCUCGGGCAAAUAGUCGCUGAUACCGUCCACGGUAUCUGGAAUGCCCAGGAAGCGAUCCCCAUGAUUCUGCAAACUGCCCAAACCACCAAAGCCCUCCCGAGACUAGAUGACGUCCUCUCAUGGACUCCGGUAGAUGUAAUGGCUAGCAGCGUGAUUGACUUGACUUUGAGCGACGGCAAGAACGAGAAAACAACCGCUGGAAUAAUGAACGUGACCAACAAAACCCUAAACCACUGGACACACAACCUUCUGCCUCUCCUCAAACAGGCCGGACUGGAAUUCGAAGACGUACCCACGCACGAGUGGCUCGAUCGUUUCAAACAUUCCAAUCCCGACCCCGAAUUGAAUCCGCCUAUUAAAUUACUCGAGUUCUUUGUUGGGAAGUAUGGCCAUAACCGUAUAGGUAGUGUCCUUUUGUACGACACGAAAAGGGCUAUCGCUGCGUCUCCUUCGUUGGCGAAAGCUGAUGGUCUCACGCUGGAUUUUGUCUGUCGUUUUGUCGCCUAUUUUCGCGGCGAGUGCUGGACUGGUAGUAUUUCAUAA